GGGUUUAUCGCCUCCUUUUAGUUUAACGCAAAAAGUUAGCGUAAAACCUCACACUAAGCAAAAGCCUAGAGACCUUAAUCGUCACUUUCGCUAGAGUCCAUCUCCGAUGGCGAUGGAAACAAAAACACAUCUCUUGGAGGUGUUGCAAACAGAGAUUCUAGGGAGAUUACCACUGAAAACCAUCUCCAGAUUCAAAUCAGUCUGCAAGAAAUGGAAAUCAACAAUCGAAUCAACGUAUUUCCGCCGUCUCUUUUUUAUCUCUGAACCGAAACUCCUCCUCUUCAUGUACGGACGAGACGAACUCAUAGUUUUCCAUGGGCACAAAACAUGGGAUGAUCUUCCAAAAUCUCCAGUUUCACUCAUCCCACACUCUUUCAGACGCUAUUAUAUCGGCGACUGCGACUAUAGGGAUUCUUCCGGUGGAUUGGUUUUGAUCACAGACGGAUCUGAUAAAGCUUCCUGCUACGUGGGGAGUCCAGUUACACAGCAAUGGGUUAAAAUCCCUCCACCUCCUUCCUCUGAUCCUAAAGGUGACUCUACGGUGUUUGGUUUAGUGACUCGUUUGGACGAGGACGGUGUCGUUUUGAGCUUUAAAGUGAUUAGGAUAGCUUCUUACCAAGCAACCAAUGAUUAUCUCUCGAGUGACUUGGGUGUGUUACUGUAUUCCUCCGAGACAGGGGUUUGGACUUCCAAAGUAAUUCACAGUCCUCAUCAAAUCGGCGACAUGUCUAAUAUCAACCUCAACGGUACGUUUUACUUUGGUUGUCUCAGUGUGCCUGGAAUACUCUUAGCUCAUGAUUUCUAUUCUGAAUCCGAUCAAUUCCGGGUCGUUCAGUUACCGGACUAUCCGGAUCACAACAAGGACUACAAACGAACCUUGACUACAUCAGGAGGCUUUGUCAUGUAUGCCAGAACGUUAGCAAAAAAGGAAGAAACUGUUUUGAAGAUCUGGAGGUUGAUGAACAAUGAUGACUACUCUUGGCAACUUUUGUGGGAAGUCGGCUUUCCAAUUACCGGUAACUAUGCACCAAUGGCAAUGCAUCCAUUUGAUGUCGCUACUGUCUAUCUAUGGAGUCAACGGGAUCAUCAUUUGGUAUCAUGUAACCUGCUGAAAGGAAACUACACAAUCCUAGGGGAUGCAGCUAAUGAUGGUCAUCAAGAUUGUUUUAUUGACAAGUCUGUUUGUAAGCAGAGUGUGGAUGAGUUAUGGCGAUCAUCAUCAGAUUUAGACGAAGACUUGAACUUUCAAGUUUGUAUCUGGUUGUUCCAGUUCGUGAUCCCACGGUGGAUGGAAUCGGUGCCUCGUCCUCCCCAAGCUGAGAUGAUUGAUACGACUUCACUACUUUCUUACGCUGCAGCAACACAUGGGAGAAUGAUGAAGGAUAUUGAAGAAGAGGAGUACUUUUGGAAUGAGGUCGAGCAUGGUCGGAUCUGAGAUUUUUGUAGCUCUGGAGUGAUAUCAGUAUGGUUUUUUUAUUUGAUGUCUUUUGUUACUGUUUUAUAACGUUUCGAACUAUGCUUUGUUUUCAGAGCGGUCUCUGUUUUUCGGUAAUAAAGUAAUACAUAC